AUAACCAACAAAGAAUAUUUUCUUCUCUGUUUGAACUAUUUCUUGAGUUCUUAUAAUAGUGGUCUCAUACAAUAUUUGUCCUUUUGCAACUAAUUUCACUCAGCAUGAUGCCUUCCAGAUUCCUCCAUGUUAUGAAAUGUUUUAUGAUUUAUCAUUGUUCUUUAUCAACGUGUAGUAUUCCGUUGGGUGAAUAUACCAUAAUUUAUUUAUCCAUUUGUCCGUUGAUGGGCACCUUGGUUGCUUCCAUCUUUUUGCUAUUGUAAACAGUGCUGCAAUGAACAUAGGUGUGCAUAUAUCUGUUCGUGUAAAGACUCUUAUUUUUCUAGGAUAUAUUCCAAGGAUUGGGAUUGCUGGAUUGUAUGGUAGUUCUAUUUCUAGUUUUUUGAGGAAACGCCCAAUCGAUUUCCAAAGUGGUUGUACCAUUUUACAUUCCCACCAGCAGUGUGUAAGUGUCCCAGUCUCUCCGCAGCCUCUCCAACAUUUAUUAUUUUGUGUUUUUUGGAUUAAUGUCAGCCUUGUUGGAGUGAGAUGGUAUCUCAUUGUAGUUUUAAUCUGCAUUUCUCUAAUGGCUAAUGAUUGUGAGCAUUUCCUCAUGUAUCUGUUAGCCACCUGAAUGUCUUCUUUGGUGAAGGGUCUGUUCAUAUCUUUUGCCCAUUUUUUAAUUGGGUUAUUUGUCUUUUUGUUGUUGAGUUUUUGCAGUAUCAUGUAGAUUUUGGAGAUCAGAUGCUGAUCAGAAAUGUCAUAGCUAAAAACUUUUUCCCAGUCUGUAGGUAGUCUUUUUACUCUUUUGGUGAAGUCUUUGGAUGAGCAUAAGUGUUUGAUUUUUAGGAGCUCCCAGUUAUCUAGUUUCUCUUCUGGCGUUUGUGUGUUGUUAGUAAUGUAUACUGUUUAUGCCAUGUAUUAGGGCUCCUAACAUUGUCCCUAUUUUUUCUUCCAUGAUCUUUAUUGUUUUAGAUUUUAUAUUUAGGUUUUUGAUCCAUUUUGAGUUAGUUUUUGUGCUUGGUGUGAGGUAUGGGUCUUGUUUAAUUUUUUUGCAGAUGUGUAUCCAGUUAUGCCAGCACCAUUUGUUGAAGAGACUGUCUUUUCCCCAUUAAAUUGACUUUGGGCCUUUGUCAAAUAUCAGCGGCUUGUUUGUAAAUGGAUUUUUGUCUGGACUCUCAGUUCUGUUGCAUUGGUCUAUGUAUCUGUUGUUGUACCAGUACAAGGCUGUUUUGACUACUGUGACUAGGUUCUAAGAUCAGGUAGUGUGAGGCCACCCACAUUGUCCUUCUUUUUUGGUAAUGCUUUACUUAUCCAGGGCCUCUUUCCGUUCCAUAUGAAGUGAGUGAUCUGUUUCUCCAUCUUGUUAAAAAAUGUCGUUGGAAGUUGGAUUGGAAUUGCAUUGUAUGUAUAGAUCGCUUUUGGUAGAAUAGACAUUUUUACAAUGUUAAGUCUUCCUAUCCAUGAGCAAGGUAUGUUUUUCCACUUAUGUAGGUCUCUUUUGGUUUCUUGUAGUAGUGUUUUGUAGUUUUCUUUGUAUAAGUCUUUUACACCUCUGGUAAGAUUUAUUCCUGAGUAUUUUAUCUUCUUGGGGCUACUGUGAAUGGUAUUGAUUUGGUGAUUUCCUCCUCGAUGUUCUUUUUGUUGGCGUAGAGGAAUCUAACUGAUAUUUGUAUGUUUAUCUUGUAUCCUGAUAACUCUGCUGAACUCUUCUAUUAGUUUCAGUAGUUUUCUGGAGGAUUCCUUAGGGUUUUCUGUGUAUAAGAUCAUGUCAUCUGCAAAUAGAGAUACUUUUACUUCUUCCUUGCCAAUCUGGAUGCCCUUUAUUUCUUUAUCUAGCCUAAUUGCUCUGACUAGGACCUCCAGCACAAUGUUGAAUAAGAGUGGUAAUAAAGGUCAUCCUUGUCUGGUUCCAGUUCUCAAGGAAAAUGCUUUCAGGCUCUCUCCAUUUAGGGUGGUGUUGGCUGUUGGCUUUGUAUAAAUGCCCUUUAUUAUGUUGAGGAAUUUUCCUUCAAUUCCUAUUUUGCUGAGAGUUUUUUUCAUGAAUGGGUGUUGGACUUUGUCAAAUGCCUUUUCUGCGUCAAUUGAUAAGAUCAUGUGUUUUUUGUCUUUUGUUUAUAUGGUGGAUUACAUUAAUGGUUUUUCUAAUAUUGAACCAACCUUGCAUACCUGGUAUAAAUCCCACUUGGCUGUGGUGGGUUAUUUUUUUUGAUAUGAUGUUGAAUUCUGUUGGCUAGAAUUUUGUUGAGGAUUUUUGCAUCUAUGUUCAUGAGGGAUAUAGGUCUGUACUUUUCUUUUUUGUGGUGUCUUUACCUGGUUUUGGUAUCAGGGAUAUGGUGGCUUCAUAGAAUGAGUUAGGUAGUAUUCCAUCAUUUUCUAUGCUUUGAAAUACCUUCAGUAGUAGUGGUGUUAACUCUUCUCUGAAAGUUUGGUAGAACUCUGCAGUGAAGCCGUCCGGGCCAGGGCUUUUUUUUGUUGGGAGUUUUUUGAUUACCUUUUCAAUCUCUUUUUUUGUUAUGGGUCUAUUUAGUUGUUCUACUUCUGAUUGUGUUAGCUUAGGUAGGUGGUGUUUUUCUAGGAAUUCAUCCAUUUCUUCUAGGUUUGCAACUUUGUUUGAGUAUAAUUUUUCAUAAUAAUCUGAUAUGAUUCUUUUAAUUUCAGUUGGGUCUGUUGUGAUAUGGCCCAUCUCAUUUCUUAUUCGGGUUAUUUGUUUCCUGCAUUUCUUUAGUCAGUCUGGCCAAUGGUUUAUCAAUUUUCUUAAUUUUUUCAAAGAACCAGCUUUUGGUUUUGCUAAUUCUUUCAAUUGUUUUUCUGUUCUCUAAUUCAUUUAGUUCAGCUCUAAUUUUUAUUAUUUGUUUUCUUCUGGUGCCUGAUGGAUUCUUUUGUUGCUCGCUUUCUAUUUGUUCAAGUUGUAGGGACAGUUCUCUGAUUUUGGCUCGCUCUUCUUUAUGUAUGUGUUCAUUUAUCGAUAUAAAUUGAUCUCUGAGCACUGCUUUUGCUGUGUCCCAGAGGUUUUGAUAGGAAAUGUUUUCAUUCUCGUUGCAUUCUAUGAAUUUCUUCUUUCCCUUCUUAAUGUCUUCUAUAACCCAGUCUUUUUUGAGCAGGGUAUUGUUCAGUUUCUAAGUAUUUGAUUUCUUUUCCCUGAUUUUUCUGUGAUUGAUUUCUACUUUUAUGGCCUUGUGGUCUGAGAAGAUGCUUUGUAAUAUUUCGAUGUUUUUGGUUCUGCAAAGGUUUGUUUUAUGACCUAAUAUGUGAUCUAUUCUAGAGAAUGUUCCAUGUGCACUAGAAAAAAAAGUAUACUUUGCAGCUGUUGGGCAGAGUGUUCUGUAUAAGUCUGUGAGGUCAAGUUAGUUGAUUGUAGCAAUUAGGCCUUCCGUGUCUCUAUUGAGCUUCUUACUGGAAGUCCUGUCCUUCUCCGAAAGUGGUGCGUUGAAGUCUCCUACCAUAAUUGUGGAGGUUGACACGUUUUUAAAACACUUUUUCAGAGAUGUCAAGAUUUUUCCCUACCUUUCAGCCUUUGCACCAGAUAUUUCUUCUGAGUAGAGGAAGACUUUUUCACCACAGGAAUUCGAUAAUUCUUAUAAUUCAGGUCUCACUUCAAGUGUCACGUCUUCAGAGACUGUCCCUCGUGUCCCCUCAGUUACUCUCACUCAUUUCUGUGUUUAAAUAUCAUUGCUGUUUUCAGAAUGAGGUAAAUCCAAUUAAAAAAAAAAAAUUUUUAGGUUGACAUUAAUCUUCAUGUAAAUACAAGGAAGUUGAGUUGAAUGUUACCUUUGCUCUUACCGGAAACCCUGGUAGUGUAGCAGUUAAGUGCUACAGCUGCUAACCAAAAGGUCGGCAGUUCCAAUCCACCAGAUGUUCCUUGGAAACUCUAUGGGGUAGUUCUACUCUGUCCUAUACGGUCACUAUGAGUCGGAAUCAACUCGACAGCAAAUGGGGUUUUUUUUUAGUUCCAUAUUGCUAUGUGACAGACUCCCAGCAAAUAAAAAGGUGUGAACUCUACAUUGUGGUGAUGGCAAUUUUCACACCCUUUGAGUUGGUUGCUUAGGGUUCUGGUGAGCCCACUAGAGCUGUGAUGCCUACUAGCCAGAUGUUGCUAUUUCAAUUAAAAUUAGUUAAAAACAUAGGAAAAAUUUCAGUUCCUUAGUUGCACUAUUCAUAUGUUCAUUAGUAAAUAUGUCAUAGGAGCAAGUGGCUACCAUAUUGGACUGCAGAAAUAGAACAUGACUAUCUUCUCAGAACGUUUCCUUGGAUAGUGCUACUCAAGAGUAUAUACAGCAGGUAAUAAUCUGUGCGUGUCCUCAACGAUCAGUGUCAGAGGCCAGAAGGAGCAAGAAAACAAAAUACAGAGUGUCUGCCUACAGAUUUACCGUUGUUUUAGUCACCUAGUGCUGCCAUAACAGAAAUACCACAAGCGGAUGGCUUUAACAAAGAGACAUUUAUUUUCUCAUAGUCUUUUGGGUUGCAAGUCCAAAUUCAGGGCGUCAGCUCCAGGGGAAGGCUUUUUUCUCUCUCUCGGCUCUGGAGGAAGGUCUUUGUCCUCAAUCUUCCCCUGGUCGAGGAACUUCUCAGGUGCAGGGACCCGGAGUCCAAAGGACAUACACGCUCUGCUCCCAGUGCUGCUGUGGCAUGAGGUCCCCCAACUCUGCUUGCUUCCCUUUCCUAUUAUCUCUUGAGAGAUGAAAGGUAGUACAGGCCACACCCCAGGGAAACUCCCUUUGCCUUGGAUCAGGGAGGCGACCUGAGUGAGAGUGGUGUUACAAUCCCCCCCUAAUCCUCUCAACAUAAAAUUACAAUCACAAAAUAGAGGACAGCCAUACAAUACUGGGAAUUAUGGUCUAACCAAGUUGAUACAUACAUUUUGGGGGGGACAUAAUUCAAUCUAUGAUAACAGUCUAUCAUGGGAGACAAUUUUAAAUAAAUAAUGAAAAGCCAGGGAUGUCUGAUACCUGUAAUAAAAGGACCUAACCUGAGAGUCAGGUUAGACUGCCAGAAAAGGAAAAUUAUCAAAGACAAGAUUCAGAAAAUUAGUUUUAUUUAGCUACAUGCAUGGUUGUGUCGGGCUUAUAGCAUGUGGUAUGGGUGUGGGUGGGCAGAGUAUUUCAGUUGGGAAAGAUGAGUGUGCAAAUACUGGAGGCAGCUGAGAACCCAGUAUCCAGUUCUUGAUGAACGUUGGAGAUGGCUGAAGCAGAGAAAACAAAACAAAGGGUUUGUGUGAGCCAGAUUGGCGGAGGCAAUGGCAGCAGGUCAUUUAGAACCAUGCCGACUACUCUGGGCUUUUUGAAGGCCAGGGGACAGCUACUGACAGGCAUUAAGCAGUUCCAGUGCUGUAAAUAGAUUUUGGAAAUGACAAUCAUGAUUGAAGGACGUCAGGCAGGAGCUUGUUGGGAACAAGUAGGAAUACUGUGAGGAGGCCUAGACAUGGAGAUUGGAUAGUGCAGUGAUGUAAUGUAGAUGUAGACAGUUCAAAGGGCAUCUGUCGAUAGAUUUUCAUUUGUUUAGAGUGCUGUUAGAGAAAACAGCACUCUCUAAUUUCAGUUCACAUCCUCAUUUCUAGACUUAUUAUUCCCAGCAUAAAAUAGGAGCUUGUUCAGUGUGUAGAAUCUCAAGCCCUACCCCAGAAUGGCUGAACCAAAAUCAGCACUUUAACAAGAUUCCCACGUUAUCCACAUUGACAUUCUACUAUGAGAAGCGUUCACUGAUCUAUAGUCUGUGACUACACGAAUGACAGUCUAUCAGUAGAUGCCCUUUGAACUGUCUGCGUCUGUUAAAGGAAGCCUUGGUGUGUAGUGGUUGAGAGCUAUAAUUGCUAACCAAAAGGUCAGCAGUUCAAAUCCACUGGGUACUCCUUGGAAACUCUUUGGGGCAGUUCUACUCUGUCCCAUAGGGUUGCUAUGAGUCAGAAUUGACUUGAUGGCAAUGGGUUUGGUUUUUUUUUUCUGGGUUAGAGAAAAACUUGCCCUUGAACAUCAGAUAGCUAAAGUGAAAGAAAUGAUAAAGUAAAAGAGCCAAACAGAAGAUUUCAUUGGGUGGCUUGAGAAGACAAAGUAAAGAAUUACAAUAACACGUGUAAAAACCAGGAGUUAGAAAACCAAAAGGGGAGUAUAUGCUCAGCAUUUCUUAAACUGAAAGAACUUAAGAAAAAAUUCAGGCCUUGAGUUACAAUACUGACGGAUUCUAUGGGGAAAAUAUGAAACGAUGCAGGAACCAUCAAAAGAAGAUGGAAGGAACACACAGAGUCACUGUGCCAAAAAGAAUUGGGUGACCUUCAGCCAUUUCAGUGUAUGAUCAGGAACUAAUGGUACUGAAAGAUGAAGUCCAAGAUGCACUGAAGGUAUUGGCGAAACACAAGGCUCCAGGAAUUGACGGAAUACCGAUCGAGAUGUUUCAAUAAACAGAUAUAGUGCUGAAAGUGCUCACUUGUCUAUGCCAAGACAUUUGGAAGACAGCUAUCUGGCCAACGAACUGGAAUAGAUCCAUAUUUAUGCCUAUUCCCAAGAAAGGUGAUGCAAUCAAAAGUGGAAAUAAUCAAGCAAUGUCAUUAAUAUCAGAGUCCUGGUGGCAUUUUGUUGAAGAUUAUUCAAAAGCAGUUGCAGCAGUACAUUGACAGGGAGAUGCCAGAAAUUCAAGCCAAAUUCAGAAGAGGAUGUGGAACCAGGAAUAUCAUUGCUGAUGUCAGAUGGAUCCUAGAUGAAAGCAGAGAAUACCAGAAAGAUGUUUACCUGUGUUUUAUUGACUAUGCAGAGACAUUCAACUGUGUGGAUCAUAACAAAUUAUGGAUGACAUUGAGAAGAACGGGAAUUCCAGAACACUUAAUUGUGCUCAUGAGGAACCUUUGCACAGAUCAAGAGGCAGAUGUUUGAACAGAACAAGGGGAUACUGCGUGGUUUAAAGUAAGGAAGGGUGUGCGUCAGGGUUGUAUCAUUUCACCAUACCUAUUCAAUCUGUAUGCUGUUCACGUAACCUGAGAAGCUGGACUCUAUGAAGAAGAAUGGGGCAUCAGGAUUGGAGGAAGACUCGUUAACAACCUGCGUUACGCAGAUGACACUGCCUUCCUUGCCGAAAGUGAAGAGGACUUGAAACAUUUAGUGACGAAGAUCAAAGACCACAGCCUUCAGUACGGAUUACUCCUCAACAUAAAGAAAACAAUCCUCACAACUGGACCAUUAAGCAACAUAAUGAUAAACGGAGAAAAGAUUGAAGUUGUCAAGGAUUUCAUUUUACUUGGAUCCACAAUCAACACCCAUGGAAGCAGCAGUCGGGAAAUCCAAAGACACGUUGCAUUGGGCAAAUCUGCUGCAAAUGACCUCUUCAAAGGUGUUGAAAAGCAAAGAUGUCACCUUGAAGACUAAGGUGCGCCUGACCCAAGCCAUGGUGUUUUCAGUUGCCUCAUAUGCAUGUGAAAGCUGGACAAUGAAUAAGGAAGACCGAAGAAGAACUGAUGCCAUUGAAUUAUGAUGUUGGCAAAGAAUAGUGAAUAUACCAUGGACUGCCAAAAGAACGAACAAAUCUGCCUUGGAAGAAGUACAGCCAGAAUGCUCCUCAGAAGCAAGGAUGGCGAGACUGCAUCUUACAUACUUUGGAUACGUUGUCAGGAGGGAUCAGUCCCUGGAGAAGGGCAUCAUGCCUGGCAAAGUACAGGGUGAGCGGAAAAGAGGAAGACCCUCAACGAGAUGGAUUGACACAGAGGCUGAAAUGAUGGGCCCAGGCAUAACAACGAUUGUGAGAAUGGCGCAGGACUAGGCAGUGUUUCGCUCUAUUGUGCAUAGGGUCGCAGUGGGUCGGAACUGACUCGAUGGCGCCUAGCAACAACAUUAGAGAAAAUGAGGAGCCCUGGUGGCAGAGUGAUUAAGUGCUUGGCUGCUAACCAUGAAAGGCCUGUGGUUCUAACCCACCGGCUGCUGUGCAGGAGAAGGGUCUGGCAGUCUGCUUCUGUAAAGCUCUAUAGCCUUGGAAACCCUGUGUUGCAGUUCUCCUCUGUCCUGUAGGGUUGCCCUGAGUCGGAAUUGACUAGACAGCAGUGGGUUUGGUUUUAUUAGAGAAAAUAAUAAAAGAUAAAGCUUAAAGAGGAGAUACUGUUGUAAAGAUUAUGAGAGAGAGAGAGAGAUUUCCACCGAGAGCAAGAAAUGAAAGUGUAGGAGUCAGUUUGGAGGGGAGCAGGGUGGAAAGAAAUGGGAACAGAGGUGGGAGACGGCUCCUCUGAGAAAACAUAAUGAUUUUCUGUUUUAUUUGUUGAUAGAUUUAUUAUAAGGCUGAAAGACAGCGUUCAGGAACCCUGCCAGAUUUCUCAAACGCUUAGGGACUGGUGGUGUCCUGGUUUGAGAACGAAGAAAAAAAAAAAAAAACUCGAGAGGAAGAAAGAAAUGUUCAUUGUAACAGGAAAAAUACCGAUCACAUUAUUACAGUGCUGUAAUUGAAAUGGAAAAAAAAUUUCAAAACAGGGUAGAAGGGUUUUAACUGCACGUAAUUAAAAAUGAAUGAACCAUGAUGAGUUCAUUGACAAAACUUGAAAAACAGGUUCUUCCUGAAAAUUCACCCUUGUUAACUUCAAGUAAGUGUGUGUGUUGAUGUGUAGGGGACAGAGUUUCAUAGGUGAACCCACAAUUUGAACAUUGAAUCCCUGACUCCCUGGAAUGAGGUUCAAGUUUUGCAGCCUGGCCAGGCCUGGUUGCUUCUCCUGCUCUACCAGCCAACCAACCAGCCAACCCGUUGCCGUGGAGCCGAUUCCGACUCACGCUCUAACAAAAAAAAAAAAAAAAUUUUUUUUUUUGUUAGAGCGUGGUUAAAUUCCUCCAUCCAUGAUCUUGCUGCAGAAAGAAGAGGCCCACAGAGCUGCCUGAAGAACGCAGGCUUGUGCUCUGGAGGCUGCAGCCCGUUCCACCUUCAGUGCAAAUGCCCGCAGGGUGGAGCAGUGCCCUGAGCCUGGGACGAGGCCAAAUACCUGUCACUCUCUGCUUCCUCAACAAUGUUUGCUCCCCAUCCUUCCUCCAUUUCAGAUCUCAGGCGUGGUGCCCGGAGUACUAGUCCAGUCCAGGCAGCUGGGGACCUCGGGCGACCAUUUUGCAUAUCCGUCAGUCACAGGGAAGGAUUUCAGCUGCUCAGACUGGUGUGUGGGCCAGACAUUAUUCAUCUGCCUCCAGACUGCCCAGUGCUCUGCUUCCAGUCCCAUUCCUCUUUCUGACUUGGCUUCUUGGGCUCAGAGACGAUAUUCCCUCAGACUUCCAGAAGGUGGAGAAGGAAAUGGACUCAGUAGUCAUUGAGGAUGUGGCUGUGGUCUUUAGCCAGGAAGAGUGGGCUUUGCUGGAUUUUGCUCAGAGGAAACUCUACAGAGAUGUGAUGAUGGAAACCUUCAGAAACCUGGCCUCAGUAGUCUCUCGAAACCUUAAUGAUGGAGAAGAGUUAUCCAGUGAACAUAUAAUGGUGCAAUUCGUGAAGGAUAACACCUGGGCUUCCAUGUUAGGAGAAAUCUCCGAGUUGUAUGGCAAUAAAAAUCAGCAUAAAAAUGAGGGGAGACAUUUGAGAAGUCAUACAGUAGACAACCUCUGUGAAAGUAAUGAAGACAGUCAGUGUGGGAAAACCUUCAGCUGGAUUCGAAAUCUUACUGUGCUAAAAAGAAAUCCUCCAGAAGUAAGUCCUUUUGAAUGCUGUGAACAUGGAAAAGCCUUCAUGGAUCACUCAUCACGUAAGCAUCACACCAGAUCUCACCCUAGAUGCAAUACCUGUCAGUGUAAGGAAUGUGGAGAAUUGUGUGGUUGUUCCUCUCACCUGACCACUUCUAUGAGAACUCUUACUGGGAAAAAACCCCAUAAAUGUAAGGUAUGUGGAAAGGACUUCAUUUGUAUCUCACCCCUUAAGAAUUCUGUGAUAACACUCACUGAUGAGAAACACUAUGAAUGUAACAAAUGUGGGGAAGAUUUCUGUAGCUUCUUAUCCUUUUGGACACAUGUGAGAGGUCAUAAGUGUGAAUGUAAAGAAUGUUUUAAAACCUAUAGUUGUCAUUCAUCCCUCAUUUUACAUAAAAAAUUUCAUAUCAGAGAUAAGCCUUAUAAAUGUAAGGAAUGUGGGAAAGCCUUUAAUCAUGCCUCAUCCCUCACUAGACAUAUAGUAACUCACAGUGGAGCGAGGCCUUAUGAAUGUAAGGAAUGUGGGAAAGCCUUUAGUCAGUCCUCGUCCCUCACUACACAUAUACGAACUCACAGUGGAGAGAGGCCUUAUGAAUGUAAAGAAUGUGGGAAAGCCUUUAGUCGUUCCUCACACCUCACUUCACAUAGACGAACUCAUAGUGGAGAGAGGCCUUAUAAAUGUAAGGAAUGUGGGAAAACCUUUAGUCAGUCCGCAUCCCUCACUAUACAUAUGAGAACUCACAGUGGAGAGAGAGCUUAUGAAUGUAAGGAAUGUGGGAAAGCCUUUAGUCAUGCCUCAUCCCUCACUACACAUACAAGAAUUCACAGUGGAGUGAGGCCUUAUGAAUGUAAGGAAUGUGGGAAAGCCUUUAGGUGUUCCUCACACCUCACUUCACAUAUAAGAACUCACAGUGGAGACAGGCCUUAUGAAUGUAAGGAAUGUGGGAAAUCCUUUAGUGAGUCCUCAGCCCUCACUACUCAUAUAAGGACUCACAGUGGAGAGAGGCCUUAUGAAUGUAAGGAAUGUGGGAAAGCCUUUAGUUAUUCCUCAGCCCUCACUACACAUAUAAGGACUCACAGUGGAGAGAAGCCUUAUGAAUGUAAGCAGUGUGGGAAAGUGUUUAGGCAAUCUGCAAACCUCACUACACAUAUAAGAACUCACAGUGGAGAGAGACCUUAUGAAUGUAAGGAAUGUGGGAAAGCCUUUAGCGAAUCCUCAGUCCUCACUACACACAUAAGAACUCACAAUGGAGAGAAACCUUAUGAAUGUAAGCAGUGUGGGAAAGCCUUCAGUCAUUCCUCAGCGCUCACUACACAUGCAAGGACUCACAGUGGAGAGAGGCCUUAUGAAUGUAAGGAAUGUGGGAAAGCUUUUAGGCAUUCAGCAAACCUCACUACACAUUUAAGGACUCACAGUGGAGAGAGGCCUUAUAAAUGUAAGGAAUGUGGGAAAGUCUUUAGGCAAUCCGCAAACCUCACUACACAUCUAAGGACUCACAGUGGAGAGAGAUCUUAUGAAUGUAAGGACUGUGGGAAAGCCUUUAGUGAAUCCUCAGCCCUUGCUGCACAUAUAAGAACUCACAGUGGAGAGAAGCCUUAUGAAUGUAAGCAGUGUGGGAAAGCCUUUAGUCAUUACUCAGCCCUCAUUACACAUAUAAGAACUCACAGUGGAGAGAGGCCUUAUGAAUGUAAGGAAUGUGGGAAAGUAUUUAGGCAAUCCACAAACCUCACUACACAUAUAAGAACCCACCAUGGAGAGAGGCCUUAUGAAUGUAAGUAACGUGAGAAAACAUCUAGGAGUUCCUCACACCUCACUAGACAAAGAAGAACUCACAGUGGAGAGGCCAUACAAAUGUAGGAAAGCCUUGAGUUGUUUCUCACACCUCACUUCACAUACAGGAACUCAAAGUAAAGAGACUAUUCUAAGUCAGAAGUGGAAUGUUUCACUGUUUUAUAAUUUCAAACAGCAAAUUUCUGAAAGUCUAUGAUUAAAGAACAAAGUUUCUCAGUGAGUAAGAAAGCAGUAUAACUCAAAGAAGGGGUCACUAGAGUUACUUCGUGCCUUCGGUAGAGAUGACAGUUUCUUUGUAACUGCAGGGCUGUUUUCAUCAGUGUUUGUUACUUUCUCAGUCUAAACUAAAUUUUACCUUUCUUAAAGUCUUUGACUGUUACCAAUAAGGCUGCAGGGAAUAGCCUUGAGCAAAUGUGGUUCUAUAUUUUUUAAUGUUUUUGUUGAUACAAUAAAGUACACUGAUCUUGUAUUUGGUUUGACUGUUUUGUUUGUAUAUUUAUUGCAUUUCCUCCCAUUCUUUUCUAUUGUAAAGUUAACUAUUUUACCCUUUAUAAUUAGUAAGUUUCUCAUAGGGGAUACUUUGAGGCUAUGCAGAUAUUCUAGUUUUUCAUCAUACUUUGGCCUAAUAAUUUUAGUAAAAAAAAUUUUUUUUUUUUUUAGUACCCAUUGAUAAUUGUUACCUAUGAUUAUUAUUAUUGUGAUGUUUACCAAAUGGUAUUUGCUGUCUCAUUAAUUUCGUCUGUGUUUACUAAUUGGAAUUCUGCAAGGAAUAGCUUUCCCUUUUCUCCUCUUUAUUUAUCAGAUUGUUUACACCAGUAUAGGCUAAUCCAUAUUACUUGUUUUUUCUUUUCUUGCUCAAAUUGUCCCAGAUUUGGUUAUUUGGAGCUCCCUUAAGUAUGUUCCUGUAUUUUUUGACAUGUCGCCAUUAUAAUUUGUACAUUACUUUCUGUCAUGUUCAAGGCUCAUCUUGUCCUUUUCCUGUCCAAGCUUUAGAAUCAGACUUUUCUCCAAGUAACUCUAAUUCCUUCUAUUAGAGAAUGAUAUUUAGAAACAAAGAUGUGGACAUUAGGUAUACUUAUUACCUCUGGGACCUCAAAGUGGAAAGAGCUAGAAAAUGUAUGUGAGUAUACAUAUACAGAAACAUAUUUAUACCUGUUUCUGUAUGGAUCUGUAUAUAUUUCAAAAACCACAACAUCAUACCUGUAUCUCUGAUUUCAGUCCAAUACCACAGGGUUCAUUUUAGCCUUUUCCAUUGCUUUAUAUGUUACUCCUUUCUCUCAUAGUAACACUCCUGGCUCUCACUAUGCACAGUACAUUAUUUGCUGAAUCUUAGAAUAUACAUAAAGUAGUUUCAGAACUGCUAACUGUGAGGUGAUGAACUACCCUGCAGAAAGCAAUUUGGCCUUUGUUCGAGUUUCCUGAGAGUUGGACUGCAGCUGAGGCUAAUGAGUGAGGGUGGGUAAGAUCAGAGGGACCACCUGGUGACCUGAUGCUAACCUCUUAAGGCAUAAUUUAGCUUAUUAAGCAAAUAAAAGCUGAGAAGUCAAAGGCUUAAGGGAGCUUCCAGUUGGUGAGAAACAGCCAUUCAUGCAGAGAGUAGCAUGUCCUGAGGAUAUGGAAGCUCUGCACAAGGAUCCUCCCAAACCUCACUGUAUGCAUCUCUUUGUAUCCUUUUUUAUUUUAAAGCUGUUACCAUAGUGAUGGCCUUUUUAUGCAUUCUGUGAAUUGUUCCAGUGAAUUAUUGAACUGAAAGAAGGUUCGAAAGUAAGGGGUCUGGGGACCCCUGAUCUUGAGGCUGGUAUUCUAAAGGAGUUAGAGGGAACCCUGACACUUAGCCAAUAGAUCAGAAGUUGGGAGUUGUUCAGACUCCCAAACUUGCAGCUAGUGUCUACCUGUUUGGCAGUCUGAAGGAUGAGUUCUUUUAACUUGUGAGGUCUGGCCUAGCCCUAGGUGGCAAGAUUCAGAGGGAGAAUCCUGCAUGGGUGGCUGGAGUCAGAACUAAGCAUAAAGACAGGAAUCAGAUUUCCACAUGAUACAGUUGGUAUGUGAAGUGGGAUUUAUUAAUCUUCUUGGCAUAGAUAGUAAGAAAUUGAAGCCAUUAAGCUCCAUCUGACCCUAAAAUCGAUGUCUCAACUACUGUAUUACAUGAUUGGUGGAAUUUUGGUGAGGGUUGGAAAAUGCGUUGAACCAGACUGUUGUCUGUGCACCUGAUGUCUGUACAUAGUAAGGUCUCAAUAAAUAAUUUUUAAUGAGUGAAUGAAUGAAUAAAUAAAUGAAUACAUUUAGAGGCGAUCAGGUAGGGACUUCCUCAAUUUCUUGCCUCUUCUUACAAAAGUUUCUGCUCCCACACUCAUCCACACCUCCAUACUCUGUGUCUCAGUGUAAAAUUUGGCCCUCUCCAUCAGGUCUGGGUCCCUUUCCUUUUCUGAUCCAUCACACCAUCAUUCAUUACUCUCUCCAGCAUCUUCAGUAUCUCUUGUCUUCUGACUUUUUGCCAUUAGUAUCACAUCUCUCCAACUUAAUUGAACCCUCUUCUGGCUAUGUUUCCGCUCUUUUCGUGGUCUUCGUGUUUAAGUUUUUUUUUGAAAAAUUGCUAUAACCACCCAUGUUCUUGGUUUCAACCACGAACCCAGUCAACUUCCACAUGUCCACAUCUCCAGCAGAGAUCUCUUUCCCAGGCUUAAGCCCCAAAUAUCCUAUAAUCAAAGAGUUUAUCUUGUCAUAAUUGUAUUCUUUAUCCACUGCACUACUGCCAGCAGAAUGUUGGUUUUUAAAUCCAGCAUCUGAUUAUAUCGUUGUCCUGCUUAACAUCUGUAUUUCCAUCUCACCUAUCUAAAAUCCAUUUCCCUCUCUGUUUCUUUAGUUUUACAUCAAGAUUCCUCUGUAAGGCCAACACUUCUAGGAGCCCUUCCGUCAUCAUCCCAACUACCCUUUCUCCGUACUGUCCUGGUGCUCUUGUUUGGCACCUGGUGCAGCACUGAUCUGUGCUCUGUCGUACUCACUGUAAAUAGAACUUGGGGCACAGCUUAUGCUUGUUUGUCUCUGCUUCUCUCUGUGCCUGUCACACAGAAGACCGUCAAACACUUGAAGCAAAGAAUGGUUGGGCGAACUCAUUACUUACAACACAUCAGGAUCUUGGAUCAUCAGCACAAAGAGCAGGGCCUAUCACAGAGUAGGCAGUCUUUUAAUGUAUUUGAGAUGGGUGAAAUUAAAAAGAUGAUGAAAUGGAAUUUUCAGAUCACCUAUCUAAGUGGAAUGAAAGAAGAGUGGUAACUGCUAGAGGUCUUUUUCAGAAAUGUCUUUGUUUUUUUUCUUAAAUGUGGUGUCCUCAUCUGCACCAUAUCUCCAGAAUAGUAGCAGAGGCAUGGACCACUAGAUGGUUGUGAAUCCUACCUGGAUCAGAGUAAAAGUUUAAACCUGUCUCUUUGGAUAAAGAAUCGUAAGAGGACACCUCAACAUAAAGGAAAAAAAAAAUCCUCACAACUGGACCAAUAAGGAACAUCAUGAUAAACAGAGAAAAGAUUGAAGUUGUCAAGGAUUUCAUUUUACUUGGAUCCACAAUAAAUGCCCGUGGAAGCAGCAGUCAAGAAAUCAAACAGUGUGCUGCAUUGGGCAAAUAUGCUGCGAAAGACCUCUUCAAAGUGUUAAAAAGCAAAGAUGUCACUUUAAGGACUAAGAUGCACCUGACCCAAGCCAUGGUGUUUUCAGUUGCCUCGUAUGCAUGUGAAAGCUGGAUAAUGAAUAAGGAAGACUGAAGAAGAAUUGAUGCCUUUGAAUUGUGGUGUUGGCAAAGAAUAUUGAAUUUACCAUGGGCUGCUGAAAGAACAAACACAUCUGUCUUGGAAGAAGUAUAGCCAGAAUGCUCCUUAGAAGGGAGGAUGGCGAGACUUCAUCUCGCGUACUUUGGACAUGUUAUCAGGAAGGAUCAGUCCCUGAAGAAAGACAUAAUGCUUGGUAAAGUAGAGGGUCAGUGAAGAAAAGGAAGCCCCUCAACGAGAUGGAUUGACAAAGUGGCUGUAACAAUGGACUCAAGCACAACAAUGAUCGUGAGGAUGGCGCAGGACUGGGCAAUUUUGUUCUGUUGUACAUAGGGUCACUGUGAAUUGGAACUGACUUGACGGCACCUAACAACAGCGAUUCAUACUGAAGUCUAUGAUCUUCAUCAGUAAGUGCUUCAAGUCCUCUUUCAGCAAGCAGGGUUGUGUCGUCUGCAUAUUGAGGUGGUUAAUGAGUCUUCCACCAAUCCUGACGUCAUAUUCUUCGUAUAGUCCAGCUUCUUGGAUUAUUUGCCCAGCAUACAGAUUGAAUAAGCAUGUUGAAAGAAUACAACCCUGAACACACCUUUCCUCCUUUUAAACCAUGCAGUAUCCCCUUGUUCUGUUCUAGUGACUACCUCUUGGUCUACGUAGAAAUUUUGCAUGACCACAGCUAAGCAUUCUAGAAUUCCCAUUCUUUGCAAUGUUAUUUAUAAUUUGUUAGGAUCCACAGUAAAAGCAACAUGGGGCACCAUCCGACCUCAUCUGACUUCACAAGUGGAAAGGAGAAUCAAGAUCAGUGGCCCAAGGCUGAUUCCUGUGAGACGGAGGUCAGACAUGCCUCUUCUCUCUGCCAUCUUUACCAAUUCUGAC